AUGUCGGAGAUGGAGGACGGUUUUCCUGACCGGGGACCUGCCGUCUUCGCCGUCACGACAGCUACCUUGGUCUUGGCCUCGGUCUUUGUCGCGUCACGGAUGAUUUCGCGCAUCGGUAUUGUUAAACAUUUCACCUAUGACGACUACUUCAUGGUCGUUGCCUGGCUGCUCGCCUUCUUCCUGAGCUUCACAAUCAAUCUUGGAACAAGUAGGGGGUUGGGCCGCCACGAUGCCAACAUCGAGCCUGACAAUAGGGUUGGAUUGAGGACGUGCGAAUAUGUCUUCUCAAUCCUUUAUAAUCCCGCCCUGAUGGCCACCAAGACCUCCAUCUUGAUCUUUUAUCUCCGUCUGUCCAAGAACACGCAGAAGAUCCUCCGUAUGGCGUCUUGGGCCGUCCUCGUCAUUGUCAAUGUCGCGGGCACGAUUCUCACUCUCAUGAACAUCUUCCAAUGCCGGCCCGUCGAUGCUUCAUGGAAACCCAAAGUCGGCGCUACCUGCCUUCCUCUCCUGACCGAGUUCAUCUGUUCUGCGCCUGUCAACAUCGUCACCGAUCUCGCCAUCCUGGCACUCCCGAUACCCGUGAUAACGGGCAUGAGAUUGCCGCCACGGCAGAAAACGAUCCUCGUCUUGACCUUCGCUGUCGGCGUUUUCAUCACCAUUGUCGAUGUUGUGAGGAUAUACUACCUCCAGCGCGCCAUCUCAAACGCUCCCACUUCCAUUUCAAAUCAACCUUCGGCCCUGUUUGGCGACACUGUAGACUUCUCGUGGAACGCCUCCCUCUCACUGAUGUGGUCCGCCGUGGAAGUCAACAUUGGGAUUACUUGCGCCUGUGUUCCCACACUCAAACCUCUUGUUACCAGGAUCCUACCUGCCAUGCUCGUCGGCCCCAACAGGACACGCCGGAGCUCCGAGGAGCAGGAGAGCAAAAUGACAUCGACUGCUACGCCGAAUCAGGACAGCUCAGAUAGCAGCCAGCGUCGAACGGCAUAUAGUCAACCAAUCAUCAUCCCCGAUGAAGCCCACGUCGAGGGGAGCCACCACUCGGAGGAACUCUCAAUGCGGGACUUCCUUAGAGCCACGGGUUCCAAAGCAGACCGCGUGAGUCAGCAAGGCAGCGCGCAGCAUCGGCCAGAUGGUCGGGUGCCGAGUACUUCCACCUUCGGAGCAGCAGGUCCUAAGCAGGAAAACUCGGUCUACUUCGGCUUCGUAAACAUGAAGCGGCCGAAGAGCAUGCUGAAGGUAUCGGUCACAGAAUCUUGGAGGUAUUGCACACUUGUGACCAUACUAUUCCUCAUGUGGGGAUUCUCUUAUGGUCUCUUGAACACACUGAACAACGUCGUCGCUGCUGUCGGCAACAUGACAACCGCAGAGGCAUUGGGGUUGACCAGUGUUUACUUCGGCGGAGGGUACUUCUUUGGUCCGCUCUUGGUCGGCGAGUGGCUCCUCAGGCACGAUGAGCACCAUCGCUACAAACGAAGAGACCGUGGCCGUGGGGCAGAGAGCGUCGGCGGCUUCAAGGUGACAUUCAUCGUGGGCCUGCUCAUCUACGGGACUGGCACCAUCAUGUUCUGGCCGAGCGCGGUCCUGAAUGCCUUCGGUGGCUUCAUGGUCAGCAACUUCGUCGUCGGGUUUGGCCUCGGCGUCCUCGAAACUGCGGCCAACCCCUUCAUAGCACUAUGCGGCCCGGCAGACUACUCGGAGAUGCGCCUCCUCCUGGCCCAAGGCGUGCAGGGUGUUGGGAGCGUCGUGAGCGGGCUCCUGGCCCAGAAGGUGUUCUUCAAGUACAUCGGCACCGCGGGAUACACAACCUCGAUGAGCCUCCUCGGCGUCCAGUGGACCUACCUUGCCAUCACCCUGUUUUGCGCCCUCUUAGCUCUGUUCUUCUACUACAUGCCGCUCCCAGAAGUCACCGACAAGGAGCUGGGCCGGCUUGCCACGAACCUCCCCGUCAACCCGAAGAAGCGCAGCAUUGGCGGCAUGUCGCUACGGACCUGGUGUAUAAUCCUUGCGGUUGCGGCACAAUGGACCUACGUCGCUGCUCAGGAGAGCAUGAGCAUCUGGUUCGGUACCCUCGUCACCUCGCUGCUUCCAACACCCCCGUCCACCGACAUGGCAGGCGGCUCAGAGAAGGACGACAAGCCACUGGGCAUGAGCCUGUCAAUACCGGACUAUCUCCUCAUUGCCCAUACAGCCUUUGCCGUCUCCCGGUUUGCUGCUGGCUAUCUCGCCUAUCUCUCUGUGAAGCAUCCUAAAAACCCGUUUAUACCGACUCCCAGGACCAUGUUGUCCAUCUCGGCCGGGCUCAACGUCCUCUUCGCCCUCUUGAUCGUGGUCCUCAAACCGACGGGGAACCCAAACCUCCUCGUUAUCCCGAUCGUCCUCUUCUUCCUCGCAGAGGGUCCCCUCUGGCCCCUGAUAUUCGCACUCGGGCUCCGCGGCCAGGGAAAGCGGACAAAGCGCGCCGCCGCAUGGUUGACCAUGGGCGGGUCGGGCCCGGCAUUCUGGCCCUUCGUCAUGUACGCCAUCCUCAACCGGGGAGGGAAUAUCUACACGGCAUUCAUCGUCGUCGUCGUUCUAUUGGUUGUCACAUUUAUAUACCCCUUGUUUCUGACGUUUGUCAAGGACGCGAAGGUCAUGGUCGACCCCUCGAAGGGGGCCGGCGGCGCGGCCGCGGCCGGCGGUGGGGAUGCCGAGGGCGGCGGUUUUGGGAGGAGGCAUAGCCAGCCGUCGGACGUCAAUCUGGAUGAGAUGAUCGCGUCGAGGAGGCGGACCGUGUCCAACGCUGCCGCCGGCGGAGCGGGGCGGGGCUUGCUGGGCAAGCUGUCGCUAAGUUCUGCUUCCAAGACGGGUCAUCCGACGGCAGCGCCCACACCGUCACCGCCGAAGCCUGACCAUCGGGAGGGGAUGGCGGGGGACCAAGGCCGUAGCGCAGCUCCGUGGGAGGAUCAGGUGCUUGACACUUCGAUCCUGGAGCAGCGGUAA